AUGGAAGGACUUUCAGUGGCGGCAAACGGCCUAGCUGUAGUCUCGGUUGCCAUUCAACUCACCGAGUCAUUCAUGAAGCUAUACAAAUUCUGGAAUUCUGUUGAAGACGCACCACAAGACAUUGCAGCCAUCAAUGAGGAUCUCCAAUAUCUCAUUUCAGUAUUCAAAAAGAUUCAAUCCACCAAGGGCGCAGUCGGGGAAUGCGUAGCUGAGGGGAUACAGCAUUGCUGGGGCAAACUUCUUGAACUCAACACCAUUGUGGCAGAUUUUGAUGAAGGGUUUCAGUCCUCAUCGCGCAAGAGACGGAAAUGGGCUGCUUUCAAAGCCGCCAGUCAUAGUAAGCAUAUUCAAAAGUUUCGCGACUCACUGAGUGAGACGAAAUUGACUUUGACUCUUGCGCUUGUACAUCAAAGUGUGGUACAAUCUCAGCCAUAUGCUACUACUGUUCCGAUACAUACAACUAUGUUCCUUGGCUCUCAGCAUCACCCAGACCGCGACGAACUCAACGUACACCUGCUGUCGGAGCGACCCGCAGACGAUAGAGCAUCCAUCAGAGGUGAACAGCCUCCUCCACCAAUCUAUGUGGAGCAGAAUAUUCUGGACAAGAACACAGUCGGAGAAAUCAAAACAGCAAAAACUAUGCUCAUGGAUUUCGAGAAGAACGUCUCGAAACAGGCCAUGACCAUAGUGAAGCUGCAGGAGCUGAUGUUAAAGGCGGUUGAGCAGAUUGGGAUCUCUAAAUUCGAAUCCAAUUCGCUUGAAAUCUUCGCUCAGGAUGGUUACACGGUAGACUGCAACGGAUUUUCUCGAGCACGAACAUUCGUCUAUUCAGACAACUUGCAGUAUCGUGUCAGCCACCAUGUGACGGGGUUCCGAACUGCUUUUGGCUGUUUAUGGAAGCGCAAGACCAAACUUCAUCUUCCGGGAAAUGUACAUAAUAAGGACGAAGAGACAAAAUGUGUCACGUCUUACAUAUUCUACCCCAAUACCUGGAUCCAGUGGUUAGGUGUCCACAACGGAUUGGAAGCGAUCAUGGCCGCUGCUGGCCGAAGCUGGCUGUUCAACUGUAAACUGACAGUGACCCGCGCCGUCGCAGAAGAUUCCCUGAUGUUUGAGCUCUGCCGGACAGGUCAAACUCGAGCUGUAGAAAUACUGCUCAGUAAAAGGCUUGGGAGUGUGGUUGACACCAGUCCCAAAGGCUGGAAGCCUUUACAUGCAAAGAUGCAGUUUGCGGCAGCUGGUGGCCAUGUUGAUCUUUGCGCCAUGUUAAUCGAAGCUGGUGCCGAUAAAUCAGCGUUGGUAUACGAAGGACCAACUGAAGCUAUACUUUCUCCCAUCACCCUCUUUGUCGCACUAGCGCAGGAUAUACAUGCCGAUGUCAAGAUUUCCAUGCUGCGACUAUUUUCCGACUGUAUCGAGCUGACAGAUCCCAAGAGCGACGGUUGGACAGUGCAUGAGUGGCUUAAAAGGACAUAUGCGCAAGAAAGUGUGCCCAUUUCGGAAAACAGCAUCACGUGGCUGUUUCACUGUGCUCCGACUGAACUGUACGUCCAACUCAACUCGCAGACAAUAUGGUGUGGUUUGCAGCACGCUGUCCGAACAGUGCUUUGCCACAUGCGAGAUGGUCGCUUUCUGGACCGGAUUCUGGGACUCUUUGAUUGCGAAUACAAAGCGACAUGUCGAAAGAGAAUAGAUGCUAUUAGCACUUUGCUCGCUUUUCGAGUCUGCGGUCGAGUGUUGAUACCCAUGGUAAUUAGUGCAGGAUCCUUUUGCCAGAUGCCAGGAUUCGAUUGGUUACAUGACGACCUAAGUCAUAGGGAGUAUCUACAGGCACUUCCCACCAUUUAUACAGCAUGGUGUAGCACGGUACUUGAAACGACUGAGAACCUGGAGACCUACGUUCGACUGGAAUUCGAGCAAUGUCAGCAGCAACUAGGCUAUACACGAGCUCUAUUCCUUGAUGCACUUUUUUACCGGAGUACGAUGAGUGGAAGCAGUAUCAUGCAAUUGAAAGGUAGUUCUUGUACUUCCUGUGGAGAUGACUACAAGUCCCUUCCAAGUGCUCUCGUCUCACCUAUUCGCAUAGCCGUCACCGAGUGUAUCAAAACCAACCACCGGUUUGGUUGCGUCUGCGAAAAGGCUGAUAGCCUGCAUGCUGCCUUCAAAGCAACAGAUCCGCCCGCGUACACGGGCACAUGUUACAUCGACGACAACCACGAAACGGCCGACUCUACAGCUGACGAGCUCUUCUACGACGCCGAGCCCUACCUCUUCCCGGAUGGCGCUCUUACAGAUCAAGACAGCGCUCCCGACAUAUUCGCAGAAGUAUCAUUGCUACUGUACCGCGCUCAUGGCAGGGCCUGGCUUGGAAGCUAUGCCAUUGACGACCUAUUAUGUGCGCCCUGCUUCCUUUUGCGAGAACAAUAUAGAGACAAGAAUGGUUUCUCGACUGACUUUCCACCAAAACCGCAUCAUCUAGAUGGAAUGAGAUUGACAUCGCGACCCGAUGCAUAG